UACAGCAGACGAUGGUUUCGAUGCAUAGUGGAGAGCAAGGCUGGAGUAGCAUUCUUGGUAUUGGCAAUUGCCUCAAACAGAGCUGGGAUUCAUGAGUUCACCUCCAUCCCUCGCUGCAGUAACAUCUUGCUAUCCAUGGCUACGUAUGGAGUUGACCAGAUGCACUGCAUUGUGCUGGAGUGUGAUACGGAGCAGCCAAGCUGCACAGGUAUUGAGGAGAACUGCAAUUGUCUUCGCUGAGUGUGGUACUCUGCUUGCUUCCUCCAGCCCAGGACUCCUCGAGUACUCUGCUUACUGACUAUUCCCUCUCGCUCAGGUUAAGGGGUUUCCGGGCUUACGGCUCUGCUGUUGGCCAUGCUGAGUCUAGAGGGUAGGACUGUGUGCUGGCGGAUUUCUUUCCCGGGGUACAAGAUCCUAACACUAUCUUCUGUUUAUAUAGCAUCUUUUAUCCAGAAAGAUGGCAGAGCAUUUUACAGAUCGACUGGCCUUAGCUGGAAGUGACUCGGGGAAAGAGCACCGCCUACUGAACUGACAACACUCCUUCUUGCAGCCCCUGGGUUUACCUUGGAGUCUCCUAUGCGACAGCUGCACACUUGGCUUUUGUGAUACUGCAAGAUGAGUGCACAGCUGGCACAGCUGCACACUGGUCCCAUGUAACUGGUUGUGCAGAGAAAGGGAGGUGAAUAGAUGGCACUGGGAUCUCCUCACAGGGUAUGGUUCAACGGUGACUUCUGUCUGCCCUUCUGCAAAUGCAGCCCGGGAAGGCUGGGUCUUUCUGCGGCCCCUGAGUCCGUGCAGCGUUCCUGGACUGCCUCGUCGUUGGCAGACACUGUUUUUUUCUAAAAGCUGUGCGCUAGCUUGAAGAGGAAUGAAGUGUGGGAAGUCCUAUGGCCUGUGUUACAUGGGAGGUCAGACUACAUGAUCAGUGGUCCCUUCUGGUUUUGGAAUCUAUGCAUCUGAGACAUACUAUGGCAAGAGAGAAGCUUGUUUUGAUUCGAGCCAGGGCCUCUGGGACCUGCCUUUCUGACUUCCUAUAACCUCUAGCUAGACACUGGCUCCCUAGACGUUUGCUUAAGAGCAAGUAUCCCGUCUCCUUCUGGUUCCCAGAGAGUGCUGCUGUGCACUGGGGGGGAGCCUGUCUGGUUUUUCUAGUCUAGCAUCCCCAGGUGGGUCACAACUGGCACAGUUGUCUUCAUGUUGUGGUGGGAGACUGUCUUUAACUUUGAUAAAAAAAGUUAUGAAGCUGUUUUCAGCAACUCCCCUCAGCACAGGAGGCUUCCCACAUCCUUUGGUUUCCCAGUCAGCCACACUGCAGCAUGUGACUUCCCAGAUAGCUGGCUGGCCCAGUGGGAGUCAGCAUUCUCAGAAGUGCUUUUCAGAACAGCUCCUAUGGGACUGGAGAGAGGGACACUGAGCUGCAGGCAAGCUCAGGAAAUGAGGCUUUAUCAAAUGAAGCCACCAGCAUCAUCUGAGAACAUUGCCUCCUCUCUCCCAGCAUUCGGGACAUGGAGGUCUUCCCACCUCCUUCUCCCAGGGACCCUGCACCUUGGUGAUCUUUCCUCAAGGGAAGAGGGCUGAACACAGCUCCCCUCUGCUACAGCCUCUGUACCACUCUGCAUCAGCCAGAGCCACCCAGAUGAUGCAAGGCGCUCCCUCCUCCGAGGGUGGAGCAUGCGGCCUUCACAAUACUCUGGAGACUUGCACUCAGAGCCCUGCAUUGGGCUGCUUCAGUAGCACUGGGCAAGCCAAUGACUUGUGGUCUCUUUCACCCCGGAACAGCUUUGUUACUGCAACUCAGAGUCUGUAACCAAGAGGGGAAGUCUGGUCUUCUACAAAGCAGGCAUUUUUUGCCUCUGAUCCUCCUACUUUAGGAGUAGGGGACUGCACUGACUCUAGCACUGUUAUAUACAUCAGAAGCCUCUCAUCCAUAUAGAAAACAAAUAGCCCUGUUCCUAAUUUGCACUUCAAUAGCGUUCUCCAGCUCUGACCCAGAGCACUGCAGGGAAACAUUAAUCCCUGUGGGGGGCCAAAUAUCAUUAUCCCCUUUUGUGGGAACUGAGGCCCAGUGUCUUCCCCAAGUGGCAGAGCCGGCAAAAGAAACCAGGAGUUGGGACCCCCAGUCUCCUGCUCUAAUCACUAGAUCACACUCUCCUCCAAGAGCUGGGAACAGCAGCCAGGAGUCCUGUCUCCCAGUCCCCUGCUCUAACCACUAGACGUCUCUCUAUGCUAAUACUAGGGUGGGGAAUGUGAUAUUAAACAGAUUCUUGUCAACAUUUUUUUAUGCUUGCAUAUUUCAUUAGACUCUCCAGAUAAGGAGACUUGGGGAAAUAAAAAUAAUAAAAUAGUCCAGAGAGUUCUGAGUUGAGAAACUUGGACAAAUUGAUUUGGAGGAAAUUGCCAAAAACUCCAUCUGUUUUCCCUUAAUGAUUUCACAAGGAAGCUGAGAGAAACCCGCCCCGGAGAAGCAAACAGGCCUUGGCAGAUCCAGCCACAGCACCCCAUCAAGCAUCUGAUCCCCUCUUCUCCAAAGGGGCCUGGAAAUAAACAUCUUGAGCACAGCAAGCAGAUGGAGAAGUCAAAGGAAACUAUGGAGUCACAGCUGGGUCUUGAAGACAACAGGAGCUGUGGUUCUCAUCACGUCUGGAAAGCAGGCUAUUCGGAACUGCAUCACAAAGCUGGGUGCCUCUGAGAGGCUCCGUAUACACCAGGUUGCUGCUGCUUGUUGGAAGUGGCUUCCAGUCUCGACUACCAUUGCACCUGUGCAGAAAGCAAUCAUGGUAACAGCAUGUUGGGCUAUGCCCUCUGCCGCCCGCAGACCAAUGCCAGUCUCCUCUUUAAAACACUCCACCCUGGAGUGCUUACAUCCCAGCCACCUGCCCUCUGUUGGAGAGGUCUAGAUUGGAUUCCUCCACUAGAAGUUCGUCCGCACUGCUCAGAGUGGCUGGAAGAGGGCAGCUGGUUCGAACACUCUUCUGGGGCAGAGCAGUGAGAGGCUGGGGGUGCCAUCUGGCAUGACCGUGCAAAGCCCCACAAGGUACCACGAUCAGCAGGAUGUGACCAGCAACUUCCUGGGUGCCAUGUGGCUCAUCUCCAUCACGUUCCUCUCCAUUGGCUACGGUGACAUGGUGCCUCACACAUACUGUGGGAAAGGCGUCUGUCUCCUCACCGGCAUCAUGGGGGCUGGCUGCACUGCCCUGGUGGUGGCCGUGGUGGCCAGGAAACUGGAGCUCACCAAAGCCGAGAAACAUGUGCACAACUUCAUGAUGGACACUCAGCUGACGAAGCGGAUCAAGAAUGCUGCAGCCAACGUCCUUCGGGAAACGUGGCUUAUCUACAAACACACAAAGCUGCUAAAGAAGAUUGAUCAUGCCAAAGUCAGGAAGCAUCAGAGAAAGUUCCUUCAAGCCAUUCACCAGCUGCGCAGUGUGAAGAUGGAGCAGAGGAAGCUGAGUGACCAGGCCAACACACUGGUUGACCUUUCCAAGAUGCAGAACGUUAUGUAUGACCUGAUCACAGAGCUCAAUGACCGGAGUGAGGACUUGGAGAAGCAGAUUGGCAGCCUAGAGUCCAAACUGGAGCAGCUCACCACUAGCUUCAACUCUCUUCCCCUGCUCAUCGCAGAAACCCUGCGCCAGCAGCAGCAGCAGCUCCUCGCAGCUGUUAUCGAGGCUCGUGGCAUCAGUAUGGCAGGGGGCACCCCGCAGACACCCCUGUCCGACAGUCCGAUUGGGGUCAGCUCCACCUCCUUCCCAACCCCUUACACGAGUUCAAGCAGCUGCUAAAUGGCAGACCGAGCCUCCAAGCCCUACGAAGACAGACAAGAAGAGCUACCUGUAGGUCUUCAGAGUCAAGUCAACUUUCUUCCGGCCCUCUGGCCGCCAUAGAAACACCCAGGCCAAGCCAAUGCUGAAAGCAUGACUGAACUAACGCCGAGGUUAGCUCAGAGCCCUCGGAGUUCAACAACGCCUUGGAACCAGAAAUCCAAUCUCUGUUUCGGUGCCUCUACGUGUGACGAGAAGGAAGUGGAUGUGAGGGAUAGCCUCUGGCAAGGCCUUUGCUGCAGUGUUUGGUGGAGGACAGAAAUCCACACUCAAUCUCAGGUCUUCAAAUAGGAAAAAAAAAAAAAAAAAAGUCCGAAGCACUGAAGCAAUGGAGCUGUACCAGAGGGAGAGUACUCCACAGGGUGGGCUAUGAGCUAUGGGCAAAGGGGCUGCUUAUCUGCAGGGCCUUCCUUCGUCCCCAUUCCUCCCAGCCCUGUUUGUUAAGUGUCUUGCCAAGGAAGAGUCAGGGAGGAGGACAAUUAAUUUGCCAAGACUGCUAUCCCUUUGCCUCCUGCACCUCACACAGCCCCCCUGGGGAGCUGCCUUCUUGCACAGGCUCUGAGCUCAGAGGCCCACUUGCCACCCUACCCCCGGCCAAAACACUGCCACAUACACACAUUUCCAGUUAGGGGAGGGUGUUUCGUUCGCUCUAUUCUGAGUCUCUUCAGAGUCCGUAUUCUGCCUGAAGCCAUGUGCUGGAGCGCAGUGUUCAGGUGUUGUGCACAGCAUCUGGGGCAUGCCGGCUUUGUUGCAUUACAUGGCGGUUACAGGGAGAUGUAUGAUGAGGCCCUGAUGAAACACACUGCAAGUCAAUCCAACACUGAUGGUUUAAAAAUGCACUGCCACUCAUAGAAUCACAGAAUAUCAGGGUUGGAAGGGACUUCAGGAGGUCAUCUAGUCCAACCCCCAGCAGGACCAAUCCCCAACUAAAUCACCCCUGUCAGGGCUUUGUCAAGCCAUGACUCCCGUAGAGCCAUGCGAGGCAUCCGAGUUCCAAGCACCCUGAGUCAGCGGGGCAGGGAGGGCUGCAGAACCAGUGCGCUCAGCCAAUGGUCAGGAAGGGCUUUGUGGAAUGGAACCAGAUGGUUCCUCCUGGAGCUGCAUCCAGUCCUGUUUGAGUGGUGCAAGGGUCACUGCACUGCAGGGCUUUCAAGGGGGCACCCUGGAUUCCUCCUGAAAGCCCUUCUGACGAGUAGAAAAAGUUGUGUGGUGGAUCUUGAAUUACCUGCAUCACCCACAAACCAGGGCCACCAGUAAUAGUCUCAGCAAAUAAUCCAGUACCUUUCCAAUCCAGAUACUCUUUGAAGAGGCUUCAGAACUGAAAGGUGAAACACCAAGGGCCAAUCAGAGAGAGGGUCUUAAAUUGUGACAUUAAUUUAAAAAUUCUUCCCCUUGGCUGACAACAAUGACAUUCUACUAGCUCAAACACUGCUGUGACCUAACCAUGAGGUUGCUUUAAUGGGAGGUAGUAAUGGGGAGAAACACAGAAGAAUGUUGAUUAGGACACUUCAUCAGUUUAAAACAGAAGACUAAUUAAUUGCAGUGAUUCUGCUGAGUCUCGGUAGAUAGCAGCAGAACCACCCCGGCGUAAAUGAUGCAAUGCACGGCUUCGCAGGCAGCUAGACAUAUCCACACCACUGGGUGCUGCCCUUUAUGGCCAUCUGCUGGUGGAGCUGCCUUCAACAGCAAUGGUCAGGAGUGGAGCUGGACGGGCAAGUUACCGCCGCUGGCGGUGGGAGAGUCCAUGAGAGAGAGAUGGCUAAUCCUUGCUGGUUGUCACCAUGGGCCUGGACACCUCCCAGCUUCCCCUUGGAACUAAAACGUUCCCUUCUCCCUCUGACAUUUUCACUUCUUAAAACUCUUUGUUCAGCCCCAGCUCCUGCCUUUGUUGUUUUAAUGCCUUGUAUGGUCUGUAUUCAGAGUUUUGCAGGCAGCCCAAGGCGCUGGCUUGCUUUCUUAGAACUCCGGGGAUGGUGUUGGCUGCUCUCAAUGAACACUCAGCAUAGGAUAUUUAUAUAUUUUUAAACGGAUGAAGUAACCAUGUAAUUACUCUGUGAUAUUAAUUACACAUCACCCAGCGGUGUCUGCUAAUUGUAGUGAAAGUCACUGUGUUACUCCAGGCAUACUUAGCCUGGAAGCUUCUCCUCUGUAACUCUUUCACUUCCAUAAAGAACACUGGAUUCCAUAGGUACCUAGGCAGGGGUCUAUCACCAGCACAGGGGUUUACACGCAAAACUCUCCUUGCUGCUGCUGGUAGGUGUUGUGCACCUCAAGCCCUACAAUGAAAGUUUCUUAGAAAACAAUCAGUAGUUAGAGAGGAAUACUCCCUCUUCCCACCUGCUCUACCCCUGGAAUGCUGGUGGCACAGGGGCAUUGCUCUGCUGCAUAGUGUGGCAGAAACACCAAGGGAGUUCUGCUAAUAAUGCCUAGUACCACAGAGGUCCGACUAACCCCGUCGGUAGUGCAGGAGCAAAAUGAGCCUCCACAGCAGCACUGCAGAGGCAAGGCAGGAUGUUACACAGCCCCAUGCCAACAGGAACAAGGGCACCAUGGACACCUUUCCAUCAGCCCCACCCUCAGAGGGUUUCCUGCCCCAGUAGCUGUGGUAAUCCUCACCCAGAACAUCCUUCACCGUCUUGAGACAUCGCAGACUCUUCCCUCCAUACGGCAGCAUUAGAUAAUCACCAUCACCCCUCAGAGCCCAUCGCAGUGUGGGGAACCAGGGCUCAGACACACCCAUUUCCAUAGCGGGAGAGAUUUCCUGGUUUAUAGCCACACCAUGGGUUGGCCUGUCACCCUCCAAGUCGUAGCCAUCAGGCCUUUCUCCUACUUCAGGAAUGCUUCCAUUUCCACUGCCAUCAUUUGAUCCUUGCUUCCCUCCUUCCCAGCCACGAAUGCCCCAACUGCAUGUGCAGCAUUCGCAGAGGAGAGACGGCUACACUAAGAUCACUGCCAGUAUCCCUCCAGUCUGACCAGAAGGAGGUAUUCUAUCUACAGUAGCCAUCUGCUCCCCCUUUCAAAUAUCUUGUAUGUGCAGAACUGCACAGGGCACAGUGUAGGCCAGUGGUUAGGUCACUCGACUGGGAGUCAGGAGCCCUGAGUUCUAGUCCUGGCUCUAGUCCUGGGCAAGUCACUUCUCAUCUCUCUGCCUCCAUUUCCCCUCCUGUAAGAAUGUGAGGACAAUGCUUAUCCAUCUUUAUAACGUGUUUUCAGGUCUAGAGCUGAGAAAGGCUUUAGAAAUGCUAAGUAGUGUUAUAAAAUACACUUGUCUUCAUCUCUGGUGGUUCACAGAGGACUAAACUACAGCAACUUACACUGAAUCUGUGAUAUAAGGACUAGCAAGAGACAGAAAAAUAUACCCUUGAGUUUUAGAUCACUAAUGGGAGUAUCCGUUCCAAAGGAUUAAUAUCACCAGCAGGAAACUUGUGCCUAAUAAUCAAUUUUGGGAAAUCCUAUUGAAUGAGAUGAGACUAGAAAAUGCCAAAUCACUAACAGAUUCAAAGCUUUAGCGAGGAAUGAAUCACAAGCAGUGAAAGCUUCAAUAUCACAUGUGGUGUAUGAGAAUUUUUCUUCAGGCAUAACUGUCUAGUACAGUGUAAUUUCAUUAGGAUUGAUUAUCAUCUUGACAGAAGUUUCUUGCUGGUUUAUAAAGAGACACAGAUACUCGACUGCCCUGCCAGCUGGUAUCUCUGGUGUGGCAAUAAGCAACGUUCUGUGAUUCACUUGGCUGGUCCAGUACUCGUCACCAUUGCACUACCAGUCUCCACUGUUCCUCCACCCCACCAAUUCUGCAUUCCCUCACAUUUCAGCACCCUAGACAGCAGUCUGGUUAAUCCAAUCCUCAGUGGCAACAGCAUGUUUGACUCUACCUCUGAUACCCGUUUUUACUCCUUUGUUUCCAGCUACCAUUGUUAAGGUGAGUAUGGAAGUGAAAGCAAUGAUGUUUGCAGUGGCAUUUAAACGAUUCUACAGAGCCAUUGCUGUCAGGCAGCCUUUGCUAGUAGAAGGAUAAGCCAGCCACUGAUUAUCUUAAUGAGACAGGCACAUCCUGUAAUAUAGUAGAACCUCAGAGUUACAAACUCACCAGUUAACCACACACCUCAUUUGGAACCGGAAGUCUGCAAUCAGGCAGCAGCAGAGCCAAAAAAAAAAAGCCAAUACAGGACAGUGCUGUGUUAAAGGUAAACUACUAAAAAAAUAAAGGGAAAGCAGCAUUUUUCUUCUGCAUAGUAAAGUCUCAAAGCUGUAUUAAGUCACUGUUCAGCUGUAAACUUCUGAAAGAACCACCAAACUAUUUUGUUCAGCGUUACUAACAGUUCAGAGUUACGAGCAACCUCCCUUCCCAAGGUGUUCGUAACUCUGAGGUUCUGCUGUAUAGUAUCCAUUUCCCCAAUGUCCUAGGCUUACCCUGAGUAACUAAGGGGAGUUUUCCUAGAUUUACUAAGCUGCUUUAAUAGGACUCCUUUUAUAAACAAGUAACUGGCAUCUCUCCUAUACUGGAAACACCUAACCUGAACUGGAAUUUCCCUAUGAGUAGCCCAUUGGCAAAUCUUUAACAACCAGUCUCCAUCUCCCAGUGGCAGGGGGUAUCUCUGUUUACACACCUGAGAAAGGCAUUCUGGAAUCUGCAGUAAUGGGCCAGAAGAUGACACCCCCUCAAACUGAACCAGAAAAAAGGAAGGGAAGAACCGAGACUAGCUGAGACUGAGGGAGGAGAAGCACAGGAGUAAAACUCAACCAUAGUUAUCAGCCCAAAGAGAUGCUGACAUUCUACUGCCAAAAAGCAGUGACAAACCACACGCAAAUCAGACUGAACCAGCCAAUGCCCACGUUUUACGGUAGAAGGAAGGGGAAAAAUAAACAUUCUCCGGCUCAUUAAUGCCAGAGAAAUUCUCAUUCUGAAUCUCAUACAGGACCCAACCAUCUUCAACAAUCUCAUUUCCUGGCACAACCUCAGUUUUGCUCCAAGAACCUCUAUUCUGCACUGUCCAUGAGGGAAAAACCACAAAGAAGCAGAAUUCCAGAACCGAUAGAACAUCCUCUUUGCAACUCUCAAACCUGAAAUGUUUAUAUUCAGACUUAGAUGAUAAGCAUCCAUAUGGGUUUGCAUCUUGCCUCUGUACCGCUUGCUUUUUUUUUUAAUAAUAGGAGAAAGCAUAAUAGUUUAUUUUAACUAUGAAAUAUAUUGCUAUAUUAUAAAGGGUAUUGUAACUUUC